AAAAAAAGCAUUUCUCUUUCGAUCGGUCUUUCCUAUCCAAAGUAAGACAGAGAGUAAUAGAGAGAUGGAGAAUAAAAAUGAGGAAGAGCUCUCGAUCAUCAAAGUUUCUUCUCUUUGUUGCAUAGAUCUCGACAACUCUGACCUUCAUCAAUCAGCUGCUUUGCUCAAGAAGGCAUGUCUAGAUUGUGGAUUUUUCUACGUUGUAAAUCACGGUAUAAGUGAGGAGUUAAAGGAAGAGGCUUUCGAGCAGAGCAAAAAGUUCUUCGCACUUCCUUUCGAAGAGAAAAUGAAAGUAUUGAGAAAUGAAAAGUAUCGAGGCUAUGCACCAUUCCAUGAUUCUCUCUUAGACCCUAAAAAUCAAGUUCGAGGUGAUGACAAAGAGGGUUUUACCAUUGGAAUGGAAGGUCCCAAAGAUGGUCUGCAUUGGGAUAAGCCAUUCUAUGGCCCCAACAAUUGGCCUAACCUUGAUGUUUUGCCCGGAUGGCGAGAGACCAUGGAGAAAUAUUAUCAAGAAGCAUUGAGGGUUUGUAAGUCUAUAGCGAAAAUAAUGGCUUUGGCGCUCGACUUGGAUGCGGAUUACUUUGAUACACCUGAGAUGCUGGGCAAUCCAAUUGCUGAUAUGGUCUUGUUUCAUUAUGAAGGCAUGUCUGAUCCCUCGAAAGGAAUAUAUGCAUGUGGAGCACAUUCUGAUUUCGGAAUGAUGUCUCUCUUAGCAACUGAUGGUGUAAUGGGACUUCAGAUAUGCAAAGAUAAAGACGCGAAGUCGCAAAAGUGGGAAUAUAUACCGUCGAUUAAAGGAGCCUAUAUUGUGAAUCUUGGUGAUCUGCUUGAGCGUUGGAGUAACGGCUAUUUCAAAUCUACAUUGCAUCGGGUACUUGGAAAUGGGCAAGAUCGAUACUCUAUUCCAUUCUUCUUGAAACCGAGCCACGACUGUAUAAUAGAGUGUCUUCCUACCUGCCAGUCCGAAUACAACAAUCCCAAAUUUCCAGCGAUCAAAUGUUCAACGUACAUCUCCCAACGUUACAAAGCAGCACAUGCGCACCUAAAAAAAGCCUAGGUGAAGUUUUUGGUCCAUGCGGACUACCAGCCCCGGAAGUCCCACUUUAUAUGUAAAUGCUUUGGUUUUUCGAGUUGGGUUCGUUGUCGAAAGUCUUUUGUGUUUGUUUUUUUCACCAAGGUUUAUAUCUAUUUAUUGGGGACCUAUUGAAUUUAUAAAUCACUUUGUUACCAUGAAUAAAAAAUCACACUCACGCUUA